UCGCUGCUGGACAAUAUGUUUCUGGUAACAAUAGCUCUGGUCGUGCUGCUGGCGUCUCUGGGCUAUGUGUUCCUCGUCUGGAACUAUGGGUAUUGGCGUAGGCGAAAGGUGCCCGGUCCGCGACCCUCGCUUCUUACCGGCAACUAUCCCAACAUGUUCACAAUGAAGCAACAUCCUAUAAAGGAUCUAAAUGAGAUCUAUUGCAAAUACAAGCAGCAGUAUGAUGCCGUUGGCAUUUAUGCGUCCCGCUCCCCCCAGCUGUUGGUUGUCAGCCCGGAGCUGGCACAUCGUGUAUUCGUUACGGACUUUAAGCACUUCCACGACAACGAGAUAAGCGCCUUGGUGACCGAGAAGUCCGACUUCAUCUUCGCUAACAAUAUCUUCACAAUGACCGGGGAGGGCUGGAAGGAGCGCCGCUCCGAUCUAACGCCCGGUCUAACCAUAAGUCGCGUCAAAGCGGUUUACCCAGUGACCAACCAGGUGUGCAGGAGGUUGAACGAAUUCAUACGCAAGCAGAUCCGCAUUGGAUCGCCGGACGGCGUCAACAGCAAGGAUCUCAGCCUGUGCUUCACCACCGAAAUGGUCACCGAUGCCGUUCUUGGCCUGAGCGCCCAGAGCUUUAGCGAGCGGCCCACGCCGGUGUUGGCAAACAUAAAGGCUCUCUUCGAACAGCCCUUGUCCGUGCUGCUGAGCUUCAUAGCGGUGUCCGUGAUACCCUCACUGCGCCACAUCAUAAAGCUGCGUUUUAUACCCAAGCACGUCGAGGAGUUCUUUGUGGACUUCAUGCAGGCGGCGGUCGGAGCGCGCCGUGGAACGCAAUCCGAUCGCGUUGACUUUCUGGACUACAUUCUACAGCUGGCCAAGAAGAGGAACCUGGCCGCACGACAGCUAACCGCCUACUCGAUGACCUUUCUGCUGGACGGCUUUGAGACAACGGCCUCUGCGCUGGCCCACACGCUGCUGCUCCUGGGACGGGAUGCCGAGGCACAGCAGCGACUGCGCGAAGAGCUGCAGGCAGAACUAAACGAUGAGGGCUUUGUCGCAUUCGAUAAGCUGGUCGAGCUGCCCUUUCUGGAUGCCUGUGUUCACGAGAGCCUGCGGCUAUUCCCUCCACUUACGGUCUCUAACAGGCUGUGCACUCAGCCCAUCGAGUUGCCCAAUCGGAACGGACCCAAUUUCAUCAUAGAGCAGGGUACCACCGUCCUUGUGCCUCACUCCUGCUUUAUGCUCGACGAGGAUUACUUUCCCAAUGCUCAUCAGUUUCAGCCCGAGCGCUUUCUGGAGCCUAAUGCGGUCAAAAUGUAUCGUGAUCGCGGCGUCUUCAUGGGCUUCGGUGAUGGUCCCCGCAUCUGCAUCGGCAUGCGCUUCGCUUUGGCCCAGAUAAAGGCAGCUCUUGUCGAGAUUAUUGUCAAUUUCGAUGUCAAGGUCAAUUCCAAGACACGCAAGGAUAACAUGUUUAGUCCAAUUGGAAUUGUGACAUCCCUCGAAGGCGGCAUUUGGUUGGAUUUCGCCGCGCGUCAAUAAUCG